AUGGCGUCUGCGUUUGGCUUGCCCUGGUUGUACACUGGUCCUCUGUUGGAGGAGGGAGCCCUGAACAAAGCAGCAGAAAAUGGAUUGUCUUCACCAGAGUUUUUUGAGCUUUGUGUUUGGUUAGGUUCCCAAAUAAAGUUACUUUGUAAUAUGGAAGAAAGCAUCACUGCAGUAGAUGGCAAUAAAGAUAUAGAGAGCUUCCAGCUUGAGAUUAGUGGCUUUCUGAGAGAAAUGGCUUGUCCGUAUUCAUCACUUGUAUCUGGAGACAUCAAAGACAGAUUAAGAGAAAAAGAAGAUUGUCUUAAACUCCUUUUAUUUCUAAGUACAGAACUUCAGGCUUUAAAGAUACUGCACAGCAAGAAAAAGAAAGGCUCUCAUUUGGAAAAACACAAUGAAAUUUACCAGGAAGUGCAAGCUAUUUGUGAUGCAUUGGGCCUGCCAAACUCCUCAUCUUCUGAAAUUCCUCCCUUGUUAACCAAUGUGGAACAAAAGAUAAAGGACAUUCUCUCUAAAGUUCAAAAUAACCAUGUGGGGAAGUCACUGCUAACAAAACCUCUGAAUUCUGAACAAGUGGAAAGAUUGGAAAAAAUCAAUGAUGCUCUUCGCAGUGAGUAUGAAUGUCGCCGACGCAUGUUAAUGAAGAGGCUGGAUGUGACAGUACAGUCUUUUGGCUGGUCUGAUAGAGCAAAGGUAAAAACAGAUGACAUAGCACGAAUCUAUCAGCCCAAGCGCCAUGCAUUAUCUCCAAAGUCAACUAUUACAGUAGCUCACCUUCUGGCUGCUCGAGAAGAUUUGUCAAAAAUCAUGAGAACAAGUAGUGGUUCAACUCGAGAAAAUACAGUCUGUGCGAUCAACAAGGUUCUGAUGGGGAGAGUACCUGACCGUGGAGGUAGACCAACAGAGAUUGAACCACCUCCUCCCGAAAUGCCUCCUUGGCAAAAGAGACAAGAAGGUGGUGGACGAGGUGGCUGGGGAGGUGGAGGUGGAAGGGGCAACUGGGGGGGUGGAGGGGGU